AUGCCAUAUGUGUACGAUUGCUUGAAGUACCUGGAGGAAGGCGAGAAGGAAUAUCUGUAUACACCGGCCUCGGGCGAGCGAGCUAGUGAACAAUCCCCCAAGCACUCUGAGUAUCUCAAUUCAGAUGGUCACGACAAUACUCUCUCCAAAUAUCCCUCUUACAAGCCUGCUUCGAAACAAUCUCCCGGCCAGUGCAAUGGCCCGAUUGUGCCCUACCACGUCUACUGGACCGGUCCUGCAACCUGGCGACUGGAGCUUUUUGUCAAGAGUUAUCUCUACACGCAGAACCUCCCUUGCGCUCGAUUGUGGAUCUGGUUAGAUGGUGAUCGGGAACCGGACGCGGUGGAGAGAAUGUUGAAUCAUGACACCUUGUUUGAGAGAUUCCUGCCGCUCGUCAAGCGUGGAGAUAUCACCUUGAAGACUUGGAAAUUCCCCUCGCGGAUACCUCUCCCCAAAGGCGACAAUACAGAUGGGGUAGGGUAUUACAAGAACCCAGGAAAGCCGAAUUCGAAUAAUGAGGUCGUGGUAGGGGACGGCCUUAUCCGAGAUGCCACAGGUCAGGAAUGGCUGGUCCUAACUGAGAAGCAAAUGACGUUCUUGCCAGUUGCUGUGUCAGACGCUGUUCGAUUUGUAGUGUUGCACCUCUAUGGAGGGGCCUAUUUUGAUAUGGACGUUAUCAUGCUGCGGGAUAUGCGACCCCUCCUCAUUGGGGGUGACCACUCAUUUGCAGAGAGAUGGGCCGCACAUGCCACGCCGGGAGAUUACAACACGGCCAUCAUGUCCCUGACCGCCAACUCGUCGCUCUCCUCCUACCUCCUCCGGGGUGGGGUGAGAAUGGGGCUGAACUUCCACCCUCGCGUCAUCGGCGUGAUGGCCGUGAAAGACCAGCGGAACCACGAAUUCAAAAUGCUGGAGACCGCAGCGUUUGACCCCAUCUGGACGGAGUUUAAUUGGGAUCGGCUGGGACGGUGUACGGUACCAUGCAUACAUGAUUACGGACAGGUUUUCAAGGGGAAGGACGCAUUCCCUCUUAAUGACGAAUGGGAGAGUUACGAUGGAGCGCAACUAAAACUCGCGUCCACCAGCUCUCAUGAUCACCUCUGGGGUAGCAAACAAAGUACAACGGAUGAAAACGACGAGACUGCAGACGAGAAAGCGGCGAAAGUGGCCUCGUAUGAUCGCAAUGCGUUGAGCAAGGCGGAGUAUAGAAUCGAGGAGGAUAACUAUCCGCCUACGAAUCGGACUCUGGAAAAUUUCUUCAGGGGGGCUUGGACUUAUCAUGUCCAUAACCAGUGGCUUAAAAAUCCCGAACCCUCCUCUUGGCUCAACGUCAUCCAACGCGCUCAGGAUGGCUUCUUUUCUCACGGUCGACGCAAUCCUUACGGCGAAAAAUGGGACGGUCCUUCGAUAGCCCCAUACGAGAUGAGUUGGGAGUUUAUAUGA